GGGAGGGAGGAGAGGAACAGGGAGAAGGAGGCAGCACACUGACUGAGUUUCAGCACUGCAGAUCUUCCUGUCUGCCUUCAGCCGCUCUUUCUCUCACUUUGCUGGUGAAAGACAAAAAGCAUUGAGAGGAGGGAGGAGGAGAAUUGUGAAAGGAGUCUUUUUACUGAUGAUGGACGAGGAUUUCUUUCUUUUUAUUUAAUCUUUAAAGCCCCUGCGGCCUGGCUGAGGAUUCCUCCAAUCUGUGAACCGGUGGGCAUGUGACAUCACCCCCUCCGCCCCAUCUCUCCCUCCUUACAUCACUGCAUCUGGCCAAUCAGUGCUCAAGGAGAUCCAGUCACAUGAGAAUCCCCCCCAGUCUUGGUUACCAUGACAACGAGCACUGGUCCAGGCAGCAUCUUGCUGUGGUGAGAAAAGAGGAGGUGGAGGGGGGGAAGAAGGCAGGAGGAGAGGCAGAAAGAGAAGAGGAAAGGGAGGAAGGAAGAUAGAAAGACAGCAAUUCCGUUCUGAGGAAUAUCUUCAGCUUGUUCCUGUCUUCAUUCAGUACAGUGAAAUGAAGAUUCCUGAGGCUGGGAGUUAAAGCUCUCUACCAGAGAGAGGGUUUUUCCAGAGCUGAGGCUGGACCCAGAAGCCCCUUUCUGGGGGUGAGGGGGCCUCACAGCCCAGGAGUUAGUCUGGACCAUGGGAGAUGGAGGUGCCGGUGCGGCUGGAGGAGAUGGGGUGAAUCAGUCCCAUGUCCUGUUUGACAACUUUGUCCAGGCGACCACAUGUAAGGGCAUUCUCAAGGCCUUCCAGGAGCUAUGUGACCACCUGGAAGUAAAGCCCAGUGAUCACAGGGUCUUCUAUCACAAACUCAAGUCCAAACUCAACUACUGGAAGGCCAAGGCCCUCUGGGCCAAGCUAGACAAGAGGGCCAGCCACAAGGAGUACAAGAAGGGCCGUGCCUGUGCCAACACAAAGUGUCUGAUCAUUGGUGCGGGGCCAUGUGGCUUGCGUACAGCCAUCGAGCUGGCUUUCCUGGGGGCCAAAGUUGUGAUUCUGGAGAAGAGAGAUGCCUUUUCCAGAAACAAUGUGCUGCACCUCUGGCCCUUUACCAUCCAGGAUCUCAGGGGUCUUGGGGCCAAAAAGUUCUAUGGGAAGUUCUGUGCUGGUGCUAUCGAUCAUAUCAGUAUUCGUCAGCUUCAGCUUAUGCUUCUCAAAAUGGCACUCCUGCUGGGCAUUGAGAUCCAUGUGAACGUAGAGUUUAAAAGCCUUAUUGAGCCUCCUGAAGAUCAGGAAAGUGAAAGAAUUGGCUGGAGAGCUGAGAUCCACCCUAGGACACACCCCGUCAGCGAGCUGGAGUUUGAUGUCAUCAUUGGAGCAGAUGGAAGGAGAAACACGUUACCGGGGUUUCGGCGCAAGGAGUUCCGGGGAAAGCUCGCCAUCGCCAUCACUGCUAACUUCAUUAACAGGAACACAACGGCAGAGGCAAAAGUUGAAGAGAUCAGCGGUGUGGCCUUUAUCUUCAAUCAGAAGUUCUUUCAAGACCUCAGAGAAGCAACCGGCAUUGACCUGGAAAAUAUCGUCUAUUACAAGGAUGACACGCAUUACUUUGUGAUGACUGCCAAAAAACAGAGCCUGCUGGAGAAAGGAGUCAUUCUACAUGACUAUGCAGACACAGAGCUUUUGCUCUCCAGAGCCAACGUAGACCAGGCUGCCUUGCUGUCUUAUGCACGUGAAGCUGCAGAUUUUUCAACCAACCACCAGCUGCCCACACUGGACUUUGCCAUCAACCAUUACGGCCAGCCUGAUGUAGCAAUGUUUGACUUCACCUGCAUGUAUGCUUCAGAAAAUGCCGCCAUGGUGCGCCAACGCAAUGGGCACAAGCUGCUAGUGGCGCUUGUUGGCGACAGCCUGUUAGAGCCCUUCUGGCCCAUGGGGACUGGCAUAGCCCGAGGUUUCCUGGCAGCCAUGGACUCGGGCUGGAUGGUGAAGAGCUGGGCCCAAGGAAAAACCCCUCUUGAGGUGCUGGCUGAGAGGGAGAGCAUAUACCGCCUUCUGCCUCAGACCACACCAGAAAAUGUCAGUAAGAACUUCAGUCAGUACAGUGUGGAUCCUACAACUCGUUACCCCAACAUUAGCCUCAACUUCCUCAAACCUAGCCAAGUGCGGCACCUGUUUGACACAGGGGAGUGCAGGGAAGUUCGCAUCGAAAUCGAGAAUGUGAUCAACUCAUCAACCCCCAAGUUGGCCAGGAAUGACAACUGCCUGCUUGACAAGCAGUUGCAAGAAUCCAUAGCUCGGUCCAGUAAGCUGCUCAACUGGUGCCAGAGGCAAACAGAGGGCUACAGGAAUGUUAAUGUGACAGACCUCACCAUGUCUUGGAAGAGCGGCCUGGCCCUUUGUGCCCUAAUUCACAGAUACAGGCCUGAUCUUAUUGACUUUGAUUCUCUGGAUGAACGAGACCAGGAGAAGAACAACCAGUUAGCUUUUGACGUGGCAGAGAGGGAAUUUGGCAUCUCGCCAUGCAUGACGGGCAAGGAGAUGUCCUCUGUGGUGGAGCCAGACAAACUCUCUAUGGUCAUGUACCUCAGUCAGUUCUAUGAGAUGUUUAAGGACACAGUGCCACCUGGAGAUAACCAAAAUCUGAGUCCAGAAGAGAAGGCUGCGUUGAUAUCGAGCACAAAGUCUCCCAUAUCUUUCCUUAGCAAGCUGGGUCAGAGCAUAGCAAUCUCCAGAAAACGAAACCCCAAGGACAAAAAAGAGAAGGAUUUAGACGGUUUGGGGAAGAGAAGGAAAACCAGCCAGUCUGAAGAUGACGAGGUAUCGAGGACCAAUCGUGACGACAGGCCAUCUGUUCCUGCUAUCCUGUCGGAGAGAAAAAUGGAUUCUGCUGCUGUGGGGAACAACAACAAAGUGAAGGUCAUGGCCACCCAGCUGCUUGCUAAGUUUGAGGAGAAUGCUCCCACUCAACCUACAGGACUCAAACGACAGGGGGACUCGCUGCCCAAUCUGGACCGUCUUUUGCCCCCUUCCCCACUCCCUGUGAAAGAGCCAGUGCGUCUGGCACCUGUCCCAGCAUGGAGAAAGAGACGCACACAGCAGCAGGAGAAGCUGAGCAUUCGGUACAAAGAGAUGAUCAAGUGUCAGACGUUGCCCAGCAGAGGGGAACAGGCCAGAAGUGGCGCAGACCAGCUGUACAGCUCAGGCUCUCGGAGCUGCCCAAAGAAAACCAUUCUGCUCCCUUCUUCCUCCUCCACUUCCUCGCUCUCUCUCCACUCAGAGCAGUAUGUAAGGAUGUACACAGGGGGCGUUAGCUCAUUGACCGAGCAGAUAGCCAGUCAGCUUCAGUCUCCCAAGCCCACACAUGUACCUGAAAAGAGGGAUUUGGGCUCGCUCAGGAAAGAAUUCCCGGUCAACAUCGGAGGCAGCGAUGUUUGUUUCUUCUGCCGAAAACGUGUGUACGUGAUGGAAAGGCUGAGUGCCGAGGGGAAGUUCUUCCAUCGCAGCUGUUUCAAGUGCGACUACUGCGGCACGACUCUACGACUGUCCUCUUAUGCUUUUGACGUCGAGGACGGAAAAUUUUACUGCAAGCCCCACUACUGUUACCGCCUGUCUGGGUAUGCUCAGAGGAAGAGGCCUGCUCCCUCUGCGGCUCCAGUCACAGCCAAGGAGAAUCAGACCCCCCAAACACCUACUACGACCGUGGAUGCCCCUGGAAGGGCGAUGGCAGCAGCUGCCCCCUCGGCUGACCUCCAACCCUCAGUGCUGGAAGUGAACGGCCUGCAGGAACCGAGCCUAGCUAAACGCCUAAAGGGAACUCCAGAACGCAUUGAGCUGGAGAACUACCGUCUGUCCCUGCAGAGGGAGGAGGAGCUGGAGGAGGUGCCUGAGGAGACGCUGGCGGAGCACAAUCUCAGCAGUGUGCUGGACAAGGCCACAGAUGCUGACCUGGGUUCUAGUAGCUCAGAGUCAGACAUGGAAGAGGAGGACGAGCAGGAGGAUCAAGAAGAGGUGGAGGUGGAGGAGCAGCCUCCCAGCCCGUCAGACCUCGGCGGCGUUCCGUGGAAGGAGGCGGUAGAGCUCCACGCCAAGCUGAGGGGCGAUCACUGUGAGGAGGGAGAGGGUGAAGCUUUGGCUGACACAGGCAGCAGAGAUGGGGAAGUAGACGAAGAGGACGAGGAGGAGGAUGAGGAUGAGGAGGAUGAAAAUGAGGCCGAAGAAGAUGAGGAGUCGAGCGAAGAGGGGGAUUACUGGCCCUGGGAUAAAGAACUCCAGUCAGGCCUUUGGCUGGAGAAGUACCUUACAGACGAAGAGGAUGUUGGUACAUUUAAAGCGAGGAAUCUCCACAUCCAACAAGUCCUGCAGCCUGUGGAUCCCAGCGCCAUUCCAGGUUUGAGAGCACAUCUGGAGUCUGAGGGAGACAAGGAUGAUGGCCAGCUGGCCUCAGCCUCCCAACUCUCCCAGCCCUCUGAGCUCACGCAGCCCUCCUCUGCAGAGCCCUGCGAAGAUGAAGUACUCGAAGCAGAAGCAGACAGUCCAGAUAUGGAGCCUGGCACAGAGAUGGAUCAGGAUGACAUCCCUUCGGAUGCGGAAGCUGAGGCUCGUUUGCACCAGUCGGAGCACGAUGAAGCGCUUCCCGAGGAAGACAAGAAAUCGGAAAGCUUGGCAACAGCUUCCAGUAUUGAACCAUCCAGCAUCAGCCUGCUGCAGAAGGACGAUAUCGUUCUUUUCCCGCUUAAACCAUCCCCAGAACCUGAAACACAGAUAAGUCCAGUAAAAUCUCCUGGUCUCCGCUUUUUUCCUGAUCCUUUCAUACCUGAGAAAACAAAGCCAGAAAAGAUGACUCCAUCUCCAACUUCCAGGAGCCCACUGUGCCCUUCACCUGCUCCUGUCCAGGAGUUGUCUCCUGUUCCCUCACCUACUAAUGCUGCUGCUUCUACACCAGUUAAAACCCCAACUUCUGCUUCAUCUCCUCCUCCUUCACCCACCAAACCACCUGCUGUCUCUCCACUACAGCCACCCAUUGAGUCACCAGUGAGCUCACCAAUUUGCUCCCAGCCUACACCCCUGCCCGAAACUCAAGGACCUAAAUCUCCCGUCUUUCCUCACCGCUCCAUUUGCCCUCUCACAGGAAACCCCCUCUCCCCGAUCUGUGCCCAGCCGUUGCCCUGCCAUGAACCCUCAUCACCCCUCACCUCUGAUUCUCCCGUCAGAACUCAGCCCGUCCCUGCAGUCACUUCAACACCCUUGGCUAAAACCAACAAGGCCACGCCAGAGCCUUCAAAUUCCUCGACGGAAGAAACGCCGUCUAAAAAGACGGAUAUCAUUGAGGAAUUCUGGUUGAAGAGUGCUGAGAUAAGAAAGAGCCUCGGUCUGUCUCCUUUGGACCGCAGUAGUAAAAUCUUAGAAAGGAGUGUUGUUAAGACUCCAACUCAGGACUCCAACUUCGCUAAGACACAAACGCCAGAUGUGUCUGGGGAACAGAAGCCUGCCUUCACUGGCCGGGCUGUGAUUCGCAGACUCAGUAUCACUCUCGAGGGUCAGGUCAUUACUCCUAUCGCUCCUGUUGAGCCCAAGAGCAAUGGCUCUGAUAAAAGGGACAUCAGCAGCAGCUCAGGCCUGGGCUUGAAUGGAAGUGUGGCCACAAGCCAGACGGUAAACAGUGACAGCUAUAACACGUCCGACUCGGCUAUGCUGACACCACCUUCCAGUCCGCCGCCACCCGUGCCUGCUAAUCAGUCUCCAGCCGUGCUCAGGCAGCAGAGACAUCAGGUGUCCUGGACCAACGGAACAGAAAAACUUCCAUCUGAGCAUGCCAAAGAGCCAGCAAAAGCCACUACCCCUGUUCCUGCACCCAGGACCCAGCUGAGCCCCGUAUCUGUGCCCAAACCAGCACCCAGGAAGCUCUCCUCACCUCAGGCAGCUCCAGAAACAACCCCGGUGGUCGUGAUGAGGGAGAAGAAGAGGGAGAAGCCACGGCCGGAGGAGAUGAGGAAGUCAUUUGUGGAGACGGUGGAGGAGAUUCCUUUUGCUGACGAUGUGGAGGAGAGCUACGACGACCGGACACCAGACACAAGCAUGAACAGGUAUUACACUCCGCCCACGAGCAAGCCGAGCAGGGAAAAACCUCCCCUUCAUUUGGCACUAGCAAUGGAAAAUGGUAAACCCAAUAUCCCAGUCAACCCAGUCUCCAAGACCCAGAGGGCAACUCAAUUCUCUCCAGAAGCCAGGGAGAUUGCUGAGGAGAGAAUAAGGGCCAGAGAAAAAUCUGUCAAGAGCCCGGCUCUAAAAGAAGCUAUGGCCAAGCAGUUGAGCAAAAUGAAAGAGUCCGAUGGGGAAAAGGGCGCCUCACCUAAAGUGGCCUGGAAUGUAACACCAGACACUGUUGGAAAAAGUAAAAAGUCAGCUGCAUCUCCAAAGACAUCAGCUGUGAAAGCUUUAGAGUCAAAGAAGUCCGAGGCCCUGUCGGAGCGUUUCUUUAGCAGUAACAAGAGUCUGGACAGCUCGGUGGCUUCGUCAGACGGCUCCUCUACAAGUAAAAGUAAGAAACGAAGCUCCCUCUUCUCACCGCGGAAAAACAAGAAGGAGAAAAAAGCCAAGAACGACAGCAGCAGGCUCUCGGGUGCAGAUGAGACGCCUCCAAAACACAAGUCUCUGUGGAAGGCUGUCUUCUCAGGGUACAAGAAGGACAAGAAGAAGAAGGAUGAUAAGUCGUGCCCGAGUACACCGUCAUCCAGCUCCACUACUCAGGACUCUGGGAAGAGAAGGACAUCACCUCUUGCAAGAUCUUCGGUAGACUUGAAAACGCGGAGAAACCUGAGUUUCUCCGAAGAUUCCGACCUGUCCUGUGACGACGUUCUGGAGAGAUCCUCCCAGAAGUCCAAAGCAGAUAGGCAUGUGGACAUCUUUGACCUAGUAUCAGGCAUGCAGAAGGAGGCAAUAAAGGAAGAGAAACUGGAAAAGGAGAGGAGGGAGUUGAAGGAAAAAAGGGGGGUGAAAGAGAGGCAUAAAAAAAGGGGACAGGAGAAGGUUAAGCGAGAAAUGGAGAAAGACGACGAGGAGUCUGUUUAUGUCCCUCACGCACUGGCGUUCAAGAGAUCGUAUGCCACAAAGAAAACCUACACGGAGGAAGAGCUUAAUGCCAAGCUGACGCGUAGAGUCCAAAAAGCUGCACGACGACAGGCCAAGCAGGAGGAACUGAAGCGGCUCCACAGAGCCCAGAUCAUCCAGAGGCAGUUGGAGCAGGUGGAGGAGAAGCAGAGGCAGCUGGAAGAGAGGGGCGUAGCUGUGGAGAAAGCUUUGAGAGGAGAAGCAGGAUUGUAUAAAGGUACUUGUACAUUACCCAAACAGCACAAAAGAAGAUCAGACUAUUGGGGAGAUUCUAAUUACAGUGAAAUCCUGGACUUGCAUCUGGGCGGUAUGGGUAAGAAAGACGAUCCUAAACUAAUGCAAGAGUGGUUCAAGCUGGUGCAGGAGAAAAAUGCCCUAGUCCGCUACGAGUCCGAACUCAUGAUAUUUGCCAGAGAGUUGGAGCUGGAGGACAGACAGAGCCGACUGCAGCAGGAACUCAGGGAACGGAUGGCCGUGGAAGACCACCUGAAAUCUGAGAAGGAACUGGCUGAGGAGAAGCAGAUCCUGAAUGAGAUGUUGGAAGUGGUGGAGCAACGAGAUGCCUUGGUUGCCCUCCUGGAGGAGCAGAGACUUCGAGAGAAGGAGGAAGACAAGGACCUGGAGGCUGUUAUGCUCUCUAAAGGCUUUAACCUCAACUGGGCUUGAUGGGAGGGAAAUCAUUUCACGUCAAGUUUUCGACUGCUCGUAGGCGGUCUCAGUCUCACGUGGGCGUCUUUGAUGUGGAUAUAUCUGCUGAACUUUGACACAGGCAUUUGGCCUAAAACUGUCACACCUAGAGCAGCGAAUGUGUGAAGAACCCCGACAACAUAAUAUGUACACUACGGCUGCCUGUGAUGUUGGAGCAGUCUGCAGCGUUUACACAUCCUCUGCCCAAAGGCAGUACAUGUUAAUCACUUUGCAGUUAUGCUUGCUGUCUCAGUCUGUGGGUGGAGACGUGGUGUGUAUAUUCACAACUUUAACAUCUCAACCUUGAAGAUUGGGGCGGGGGGGGGGUUAGGAGAGCGUUUAAAGACUUUGUUCUCGACUAUUUAAAGGGAAGAAUGCAGUUUGGUCCUGCUGAUGUACAGGAAUUGUAAAAACAAAAAUGGGGGGGGGGGGUAUAAUCGUGCAGUACGAGUCCCAUUUUCAGUAGAUGAGGGUCCUCGGUCUUAGUGCUGCAGAGGUGUGUUUUAAAUGUCAGAGCAAGGUCUCCUAGCUCGCUCUUUUCAGUCCGACCGUAGAACGGACAUACUCUGCUGAAGCUGCCUUUUUUCUCCCUAGUGACAAACUCACUUCAGCAUCCUUCAGAAACCACAAAUACAUCAUAAAACGCUCCAGGGCUUUUUUUUUCUUUCCUUUUCCCCUGCAGUCUGUCACCACUAUGAAUCCAUUAAAUAUGUCCAUGUUUUAUGUAUUUAUUAUCAUGUUUUGCUUUUAACAGUUAAAAAAAAAGGUUUUGUUUUAAUUUUAUUUGUAUUCACAGGAGAGUGCCCAGAAUCUCAUUAUCUCGCAUAUCUCUCUUGUAUCUCGCAUACGUGCCACUGCAUGUCAGGAAUUAUGGCUUCAGGCACAUAGAAGACUUGGAUGCAAAUAUUUAAGCAUUUCACAUGAGUUGAUGACGAUAAUGGGCCUCUCUGUGAGCUCUCAUUGGCUGUAUAUCACACUGACCGUUAACGUUUACAAGUACUUGUUCACAUUUUGGUUCCUGCUUUGUUAAACAGUAAAAACAAUCCUCGGGAAAGACUGUAUUAACAAUGGGAUGUUAUUAACGACCUGACGUUACUGUUGUUAGCAUGGGAGGACUUUCUGUGGGGAAGAGAGAACACUACACAACUAUAUAUUGCAGUGUUAAUACUUUACCUUUGAAAAAGAUGCCUUUUCAUUUCCAUUCUAUAAACUUAAGUUAUUUUUUUUGUUUAGAUUUUUUUGAGGUAUCCAAUAAUCACAUCUGUGUGUUCCACUGGAGCUCAUGAUUUGUACUUUUUUUUCCCGUUUUUUUAAAAACCACUUUUCUACAGCACGUCCCCAAACUACACAUAAAUGGGACCCUAAAGAACUGCACAAGCUACAUUGAAUGAGAAAAUUGGUUUGGUUUAUCCGUUGGACAUCCUUUGUAGACUAGUAGGCCUCUUUGCCAACUGUACAAAUCCAGGUGGGCACUGUUUUACAGUGUAGAAAUGUCAGAGGCUAUAUUUAUGACUUGUUAGGAGCUGUGAAUAUUACACAAUUUUAUGGGUUGUUGUUUUAGAUUGUGUGUUCCAAGUUUGACAUGAUUGUAUUGAUAUUUAUUAACCUGUGCAAAUUGUAUCAUAUGUAAAGAAAGUGAAUCCUAAUUUUUAAACUACUCUGUCGACAAACGACUUGUAAUGUAAAUGCUUCAUGUAGCUAAAAUUCAUAGGGGUGUUGGAUGUAUGCUGAAAACGGCAAUAAACGAUGCAGUUCUUUUA